AUGCGCCGGGAGGGAGGGGUAGAGGAGAUUAACCGGGCUAUUGAGGCCCUCAGCAAAAGACAUGACAAACAUAUGGCAGUGUAUGACCCGAUGGCCGGCGAAGAUAAUAAGCGCCGACUGACGGGCAAACAGUGGUACGAUAUGAACAAGUUUACGGCAGGUGUGGCCAAUCGGGCGGCGAGUGUUCGCAUACCAAAGCGCGUAUCGAUGGCGGGUAAGGGCUAUUUCGAGGACCGGCGACCGGCGGCUAAUUGCGAUCCCUAUGCCGUUACCGAAGCCCUCGUCCGUACCGUUUGUCUCAAUGAAUGA